GGUGUAUGUGUGGGCGGGGGAAGCUGCAAAGGAAGCUUGGCACGGCUGCGGGGAUAUCUGCACAGGAGGGGGCCUGUUGGCAGCAGAGUUGGGUCUGGUUUGGUCACUGGGGCGACUGCCUGGACUGCACUGGCGUUAAUCCCCACUGAGGGUGACUGGUGCACAGGAGAGGAGCAUCAGGUGCACUGUUCUCAGUGCAAAUCAAAACCGUUUUCUCAUGUUCUGUUGACCUGUGUGACACCUGGUGAGGGAGGAUCCAGCUCAGCUGACGGGCACUUGGCAACCUUCUGUCUGUCCCUUGGAGGCUGUGCUAGAAAACAGGAGGGACCUGGCUGCCAUGCACGUAGUGGUGAUCGGGGCGGGGGUGAUCGGGCUAUCCACAGCCUUGUGCAUCUACGAUCAGUAUCACUCGGUUGUCCAACCCCUGGAAAUUGAGGUCUACGCUGACCAGUAUACGCCGCUCACCACCAGCGAUGGAGCAGCAGGGCUCUGGCAGCCCUACCUGGACGAUAAGAGAAACGCUCAAGAAACGCUCUGGAACAAAGAGACAUUUGAUUACCUGUGUGGACACCUGAACUCACCGGAAGCAGAGGAAAUGGGACUCUUCCUACUUUCUGGCUACAAUCUCUUCACACAGCCAGUUCCGAAUCCACCUUGGAAGGACAUUGUCCUGGGAUUUAGGAAUCUGACACCAAAAGAGCUUGAACUCUUCCCUGGUUACAGGAGAUGCCCUAAAAAGAGUAGACGUGAAAGCAAAUUCUGUGCCAAUAAGACGAGAUCACGUGACGUUGCACGUCCAUUUUUCUCUUCCUCUGGUUUCAGCUAUGGUUGGUUUAACACAGCACUAAUCUUAGAGGGCAAGAGCUAUUUGCCUUGGCUGACCAAGAGGUUACAGCAGAGAGGAGUCAAGUUUUUUCAUAAGAAGAUUGAAUCCUUCCAGGAGAUGGUUGCCAAGGGCGUGGAUGUUAUAAUAAACUGUACCGGGGUCCAUGCAGGGGAACUGCAACCAGACCCAGGGUUAAUGCCAGGCCGAGGACAAAUCAUAAAGGUCCUGGCCCCUUGGGUGAAGCAUUUUGUCCUGACUCAUGAUCAUGAAUCUGGAGUCUAUAACGCACCAUACAUUAUACCUGGGAGCAAGCUUGUGACCUUGGGAGGGAUAUUUCAGCUGGGAAACUGGAACAAAGAGAACAGCCCCCAGGAUCACAAAACAAUUUGGGAAAAUUGCUGCAGGCUGCUCCCGAGUCUCCAGAAGGCAAAGAUUGUGGAUGAAUGGAGUGGCUUCCGCCCUGUGCGUGACACAGUUCGGUUGGAGAGGGAGGCAGUUCGUCAUGGACCUUUAAAAUCAGAGGUGAUACACAACUAUGGCCAUGGUGGUUUCGGACUCACCAUCCACUGGGGAUGUGCCAUGGAAGCUGCCAGGAUCUUCGGAAGGAUUCUAGAAGAAAAGAAGCUGGCCCGACCACCACAGUCCCACCUUUGAUUUAACAGAAAUACUCUAAUGAUCAGCCACAUUUCUUCCAUGGCAAAUCUGUGAUAGCCCACAGCAAUACUGGAGGGUGGAUGGGGAGAAACUUGGUUGUGUGCAGGAAUCACCCGUCCUACAAUAGCACCAGUAGCUCAGACGUCAUGGGCAAAGGCAAAAAGAAAUAACUCAGUGAUGCAUGUUUGCUGUUUGAUGCCCUCAGCAGCUCCAAGAUGGGUCUCUAGGGUACAGGUUUCGGAUUGUUACCAAUUAACUCCCUGUUGCUAUUGUUUGCCAGGUGGCUGGCUCAUCCUUGCUCUGUUCUCAUAUAACUACAUCAUGGAAAUAUACAUAAAUCCUGUGUUAUUGUAAAUGGUCUCUGUAGUGAAGCACCCAGACGCUGCUAGGUCGGUCUCCAAAGGGCAGACGGAGUUCAGUUAACUCUUCGCUGGCUUGCAGUUCAUCUCUGAGAUGUGUUAGCAUUGCUGGACAGGACCUGAAGCUGAUCCAAUGUCAGUUGAGGUCGUAGCUUGCUGUUCAGCCAGCCAGCACACAGUUAGAUUUGUAAGCCUUGCCCAAGAGAUAAAAGCUCCUUAAUAGAAAGAGGCUCUCGAACUCCUGCGAAAGUAGCAGCGGGUCUAAGAUACAAGCUGAAGGCAGAGUAGUUUUUCUUACAUUGAAGUUGGGGCUAAAGCAUUUGGCAAUUGUACACAUUCUACUGCUAGACAUGUUCCCAAAGACGGGGUUUUCAGAUAAUUUGUACAGCACCAAAGGGAACAUCCUAAGGGAACUCAGGCUGUGUUUGCCAAAUUCUACAUAUAGCAGAGAUGAUAGGCAGAAUAGCUGCACCUGCAUCUAAAAUAGACGUUGGCACUUCAGUCUCUCAUUUCCUUUCACCUUGGUACAUCGCUGGAAACAUUAGCUUGUGAAAAGGUCUGACUCUUGUUAGCUUGCACCUGCUGUACAAAUUGCAUAUGGGCUGCCAGGAAGUUACAAGGCCUUGGGGUGGGGUAUAUCCUGUGCAGGAACUAGGGCUGUCAUCAGCAAGGUGUUGAGCAAUGAGUUGGCUUGCUCUGGCCUGGUCUCUCCUCCCUCAGUUUGGUCUGGUCAGGAUCCAGAUCAGGAGGCAUAAGAAGCAGGAAAGGUACCUUUUGGUCUUAGUGGUCAAGAGAACAUGCC